AUUAAUAAUUUUCGUUGAAGGGAAUAGAACUCGCUUGUAAUCACAAGAAUAAAAUAAGUUCUGUAAUUGGAACCAUUCAUGUCAAUCUUAGCCUAAUUCUUUUUUUUUCUCUUUCACGAUUCUCUUGUGCUAUACAUAUGUUUUGCAAGUUGAGAUGAUUCAUAUUAGUGGAUUGUUUUAUGUAACAUGUGCCACUCAUAAAAAGAAAAAUGCUCAAAUGUUCUUUUGUGAUGACUAUGUGAAAUGAGUAACUAAAUUUGAACCAAAAGAUACUUUUUUCAAGCAACCGAUGGAAGCUCAGUGUUUCAGGUAAUAAACGAUAGUGGUGCGUAGAAUAUGCUAAAGUUAGAAGAGAAUUCCUUGAUCAUAAAAUCCUGGGCUAAUGCUCACAUAUAUAUUACAGCGAAGGCCAAGAGAUUUAUUAAGAAUAGGUGGGAUAAAGAUUGCUUUCAAAGUCCACUAUAAAUAGGACUCUACACAAUAACAGUCUCAGUUAGCAUUGAGAGCUUAGUCUUAUCCCUAAACUUGAACAAUUAAUGGGGCAGAGCUUGCGGUUUCCAGUUGGAAUAUUAGGGAAUGCAGCUUCCUUGUUCCUUUACACAGCUCCUAUAUUUACUUUCAGAAGAGUUAUAAGAAAGGGAAGUACUGAGGAGUUUUCGUGUAUUCCUUAUAUCAUAGCUCUGCUGAAUUGCCUCCUAUAUACAUGGUUCAGUAUGCCAGUGGUAAGCAAAGGUUCGGAGAACUUUACAGUGGCCACCAUUAAUGGCUUGGGAAUCCUGCUUGAGAGCUCGUUCAUUAUAAUCUAUAUAUGGUUUGCAUCACCAAAACGUAAGAAAUUAGUUAUUCUGAUGGUGGUGCCGGUAAUUGUUCUGUUCGGUAUGACUGUAUUUGUUUCGAGCUUUCUGUUGCAUGAUCACCCUCAUCGAAAAUUGUUUGUUGGAAGCAUCGGACUUGUAGCUUCUAUAGCCAUGUAUGGUUCUCCAUUAGUAGCCAUGAGGCUAGUGAUCAAGACAAAAAGUGUGGAGUUCAUGCCCUUCUCCUUGUCAUUCUUUUCCUUCCUCUCGAGUUCUCUCUGGAUGCUUUACGGACUGUUAGGCCAUGAGUUCUUCAUUGCGGCACCCAAUUUUGUGGGUACUCCUCUGGGAAUCCUUCAGCUGGUUUUAUAUUGCAUAUAUAACAACAAGAAGGAAACUUAUGAUGAAUCGAAGAACACUGAGCUGGAGAAAAAUGAAGAAAAACUAACUGUCUGAAUUGAUGGAUACUGGAAUAAAAGAAUUUAUUUGGAGCUUUCUUGAAGGGUUGAAAAGAAAUCAAUCCCUUCUUUUUAGCUUUCAUCCUAGCAGUAAUCAAUAUAUGCACUUGUGACUGACGUUCGCAUAAUCUUGUCACUUGGUUAAGUAUGUGAGAAGAAAUAUAAUGCUACCACAAGGGCUUUUUUAGAGUAUAAA